GUCCCCCCUCACCCCCCGCCCGAAAGCUGAGGUGUGUCACUGCUGAACUGAGGCUGAUGAAGAGACUUGAGCACUCUCUGGGACUCUCAGCUGUGACAGAAGCACUGACACUGUCUACUGAAGCAGGUUCUGAAACACUCAUGUGCGGUGUUUAACAGAUGCUGGGCAGGGCACCUGCUUGCUGUAGCCAAGUCUGCAGGUAUCUUUAAAUUUCCAAGCCAUGAAUGAAUCCAGGUGGACUGAAUGGAGGAUCCUGAACAUGAGCAGUGGCAUUGUGAAUGUGUCCGAGCGUCACUCCUGCCCACUUGGAUUUGGCCACUACAGUGUGGUGGAUGUCUGCAUCUUCGAGACAGUGGUUAUUGUGUUGCUGACAUUUCUGAUCAUUGCUGGGAAUCUAACAGUUAUCUUUGUCUUUCAUUGUGCUCCACUGUUACAUCAUUAUACUACCAGCUAUUUCAUUCAGACGAUGGCAUAUGCUGAUCUUUUCGUUGGAGUUAGCUGCUUGGUUCCUACUCUGUCACUUCUCCACUACUCCACAGGUGUCCACGAGUCAUUGACUUGCCAGGUUUUUGGAUAUAUCAUCUCAGUUCUAAAAAGUGUUUCUAUGGCAUGUCUUGCUUGCAUCAGCGUGGAUCGUUAUCUUGCAAUAACCAAGCCUCUUUCCUACAAUCAACUGGUCACCCCUUGUCGCUUGAGAAUUUGCAUUAUUUUGAUCUGGAUCUACUCCUGCCUAAUUUUCUUGCCUUCCUUUUUUGGCUGGGGGAAACCUGGUUACCAUGGUGACAUUUUUGAAUGGUGUGCCACCUCUUGGCUCACCAGUGCCUAUUUUACUGGCUUUAUUGUUUGUUUACUUUAUGCUCCUGCUGCCUUUGUUGUCUGCUUCACUUACUUCCACAUUUUCAAAAUUUGCCGUCAGCACACCAAAGAGAUAAAUGACCGAAGAGCCCGAUUCCCUAGUCAUGAGGUAGAUUCUUCCAGAGAGACUGGACACAGCCCUGACCGUCGCUACGCCAUGGUUUUGUUUAGGAUAACCAGUGUAUUUUAUAUGCUGUGGCUCCCCUAUAUAAUUUACUUUCUUCUAGAAAGCUCCCGGGUCUUGGACAAUCCAACUCUGUCCUUCUUAACAACCUGGCUUGCAAUAAGUAAUAGUUUUUGUAACUGUGUAAUAUACAGCCUCUCCAACAGCGUUUUCCGGCUAGGCCUCCGAAGACUGUCUGAGACAAUGUGCACAUCCUGUAUGUGUGUGAAGGAUCAGGAAGCACAAGAACCCAAACCUAGGAAACGGGCUAAUUCUUGCACCAUUUGAAGAGAGCUACAUAGUAAAUCAAAUGUAAUCUGACAGUGGUUUUGGAUCAUAUUCUAGAUUCAUCUGGAAAUCUGCCAUCAGAGAAAUAUUUACUUGAAUAGUUGACUAUAAAAUGAAGUAUGAGACUAAAAGUUUCUCUUUUUUUUUCUUUUUCAUGGAAGAAACUAAAGGGAAGGAUGUAUAGAGGGUUAUCUCAUGAAAUAAUUAUAGCAUGUGAGUAUUAGUGUGCAGCAGUAGGAAAAAUUAAGCACUGAGAUGAAAAAGAAUAUCUGAAAUCUUCUGCAGGACAUGAGCAAGCCCCUCGGCUCAGCAUUUCUGUCUUUCUGUCUGACUGUACCCUGCCUCUGUCUUUCUCAUUUUGUCUAUGUUUCUCUCACUCUUUGUGGAAGUUAUUACUUACAUAAACUGCCUUUUGUAGAAAAGUGCUACAUAUUAUAUAUGUGGCAAAGUAUAAUCUUUUGCAUCAAAAUGUACCUUUAAUCACACUAAUCUAUAAUCCAUAAGUGAUCUCUUCAUGGAGGAUGCACAGUAAGCAUUGCAUUUUAUUAUUUGCCAAACAACCCCUUUGCUUGUGUUUUUAUAAUCUCUGCAGUACAAUUUUUCUGCUACAAACAAAUAGAAACAGUAUUUUUGUUUCUUCUGGGUAAAAUGACAUUUGCUUUUCCCUGGUUUCCUAACAGUCUCCUGUUUUUUUUUUGUCUCUUUUUCUUGAUCUGCAUCCAUUGGUACCUUACUUUAGAAGUGUCUUAGCUAUUGAAAGAAUCUACUGUAUAGAGCAUCCAUAAUGUUAAAUAAUGUAUUUCUUCCAGCAAAGCAAUCUGGUAGCUUAUUAAAUAUUUUUAAUGGCUUUUGGAAACAUUUUUAUCUGGUUCCUUUUAAAUUAGUUCAUGUGCUUAAAAGUGACGUCUUUUUUUGCUGUAGUAAAGCUUUGUUUUUCUUUAAGAAAACCCACUAGUAAUUGUAAUGCAGAUGCAGGGUACUCACCCAGCAGUGAGGUAUUAUUCUUAAGGGUAUUUAGAAUGCCCUUUUUAAAAAUAAAUAAAUAAAAUAAAACAUGAAUCUUUUUUGUGUUAGGUCUACGAUAGCUUACUGUUGUGUCCACUAGUCAGUCAUUUGUGUGAUAUGCGUUUGCACAUAUUAUAUUUUUCACAGCAAAGAAAAUGUAAAUUAUAUUAUCUGUGCCUAAUGUUUUCUUAGCAAAAUAUAUAGAUCAAUGUUGUUUAAGUUGUCAACAUUGGAAAAAGUAUAUACAAAAACUUAUUUUAAGAGAAAAAUACUUUUGUGUAAUUGUUAUUUAGAUAUUUAUAUUAGACAAAGCUGCAUUUUUAGUGCUGCUGAGAAUAUAAUAUACUUAAUUAUCAAAUACAGGUAAGAGCUGACAGUUUUCUUUUGUAAUGAUCUGUUUUCAAAUGCAGAGGUUAACUUAUUUUUUUGUGUGCUACAUGGGAUUGUGUGAUAAAUUGUCAGGGGUUUAGACAUAGCAAAGUAGCAUUUGGGGAAUUAGUGAAGCAGGUAUGAGCAGUAAAACAUCUAAAUAUUACUUUUUUACCAUAAGUUUCUUGCCUGAAAGAUAUUUUAAAAUUUAUAUCAAACUACUGAGUAUUUUUCUUCUCAGCAUUUUUGAUUUCUUUGUUUUAUGAAAUGCAUUUAAUAAAAUGUGCCUAUGACUCUUCAAAUUAGAAGCCAACCAUGUUUGCACCCUGGUGGUUUGGCUUCAAAGGUCUUUUAGUAGAAAUGUUGUCAUUUUAUUGAGGUUGUUCUGAACCCCUGUAUAUUUUUAAACAUGUAAGAAAGAUUUAAAAUAAAGAAUAAAAUAAUAUUCUAUAUAUCAAAAUGAGACUUCGCCUCAGUUUAAUAAAAAUGCUUAGGACAAGAGUUUACUUUUUUGGGAAUCAAAAUCUAAUUGUUUUGUACUUCUGUAGCUUGGGUUUAUAUUUAUUCUUGUCCCCUGUUUGCCAGUGGCAUCUUGGUUUAAAUGUGCCCUUUAAAUUCAGACCAGUUCAAGGAAAACAGAAAGUUCAAGGAAAUGUACUGCUAACAUUUCAGAUAUCACAUAUAAGACUUCAAAAUUAUACAUAUUAUUUGGGAAUCAUAUUUUUAUUUCCUUAAGGUAUAAAUAUAGUUUGAAAGGAUCCAGUGGAUUCUGUGUACGGAAAGCCUGAGGCCAUGCUUACUGCAUUUUCCCCUUCUGGCUUUUCCCCAUAGUAAUUAAUAACAAUUAUAUGCCAGGCUCACUGUUCAGUUUUACAUGUGUUAUACCUUUAAUCCUCACUACAACCUUUUGAGAUAAUAGUUAUUAUUUCUACUCCAGAGAUAAGGAAAUGAAAGAAAAAUGAUUAUUCGUCAGUUAACUAGUCAAUGGCAGAGGUUCCCGCCCAUCCAGUAGGCCUGGGCCGAAGCCUGCCUGCUUCACCGGUAGGCUGCACUGCUUUCAUUUCAAAAGCCUUUAAAUUUUUGUACCUCUGUCUGUACCUUUUCCCUGCAAUAUU